AUGAGGGACGGUUAUACGUGGUUGUGGAUCGAUACGUGUUGCAUUGACAAGCGGAGCAGCGCAGAGCUCUCCGAGGCGAUCAACUCAAUGUAUCGAUGGUACCGCAACUCGCAAAUGUGCUACGUUUACCUCAACGAUUGGUUCUCGCGAGGCUGGACACUCCAAGAACUUGUCGCUCCGAAGGAGGCUGAAUUCUUCAACAAGAGCUGGGUGUCUAUCGGCAUCAAACAGGACCUGACAUCCUUAUUAGAGGACAUCACGCGAAUUCCGGAGAAGAGCGUCCGCGCAGUCGCUCACAUUAUGUCUUGGGCCGCUGACAGGAAGACGACGCGAGUAGAAGAUCGGGCGUAUUCGUUGCUGGGCUUGUUUGGCGUCAACAUGCCGAUGCUGUACGGAGAGGGCUCGAAAGCGUUUCAGCGCCUGCAGCUGGAAAUUAUCCGCAUGUACUAG